AUGGUCUCCUCCUCUUCAUCAUCGUCAACUCGCAGCUGGAAGUAUGAUGUGUUUUUGAGUUUCAGGGGUCCUGACACUCGCAAAGGGAUUGCAAACCAGAUCUACAAUCGACUUAGUAGAAGUGGCAUUAAAACGUUCAUGGAUGAACCAGAUCUUCGAGUAGGGGAUACUAUUUCGCCCACCCUCAUGAAGGCAAUUAAAGAGUCGAGGUUUGCAAUCGUAAUUCUCUCGCAAAAUUACGCUUCUUCUGCUUGGUGUUUAGAGGAACUUCGAGAGAUUUGUCUAUCCAGGGAAGAGAACAGAAUUUUGCCACUUUUUUUUGAAGUUGAUCCUACUCAUGUUCGAUAUCAGAAGAGGAGUUUCGAAGAAGCUUUCUCUAAGCACGAUACCUCUCAGCGACAUGAAUUAGAGAAGGUGAAUCAAUGGAGGGCUGCCUUAAGCAAAGUGGCCAAUAUCUCAGGGUGGAACACAAAUGAUUUCAAGACUCACAAUGAACUUGUUGACAAGAUUGUGGAUUCUCUUCGUAGUAAAGUACCACCUGAUGCAAUUGAAUUCACAGAUGAUUUCCAAGCAUUUGGAGCAACAAAAGAAGCGACAGACAAGGUUAUGAAGGCGUUAACAGAUGACAAGAUUACUGCCGUUGGUGUCUAUGGCAUGGGCGGCGUUGGAAAGACAAGCAUGGUGAGACAUGUAGCUGCACAAGCCUGCAGAAAUGGUACUUUUAACCAUUGGAUUAUGGCUGUCGUAUCCCAAGACCUUGACUUGAAAAAAAUUCAAGGUACAUUUUCAGAUAAGUUGCGCUUCAAAUUUGAGGAGGAGACAGAAGCUGGAAGAGCUGAUAGGUUACAUAAGGAGAUAAUGGGAAAAGAAAAGCUCCUCAUAAUCUUGGACGAUGUAUGGGCUGCAAUAAAGUUAUCAGAGAUAGGGAUUCCCACCUACAAUGAGCUUCAAAAGUGCAAGUCCAAAGUGCUACUCACCACCAGGAGAUUGAAUGUCUGUAAUGCCAUGAAGUGCCAUGAAAAGAUCAGCCUCAAAGUUCUCUCAGAUCAAGAUUCUUGGACCUUGUUCGUGAGAAAUGCAGGAACAAUUUCUUUUGAGCGCACCUCAUUUGAGAAAGUGGCAAGGAGGGUAGCUGGAGAGUGUAAGGGUCUACCGAUUGCAUUGAUAGCUGUUGCAAGGGCACUCGGAGAUGUGGACCAGGAGGAAUGGGAGAAGGCAGAUGAACGACUAAAGCAGUCGCAAAAAGUCAAUCCUAACCAUGAGGAAGAUGCAUUCCGAUGUAUAAGAUUAAGCUAUAAUUACUUGAAAGAUGGGGAUUCCAAGUCAUGCUUCUUGCUCUGUUGCCUGUUCCCAGAAGACCGUAACAUCAAAAUAGAAGACUUGUUCCGGUACGCGAUCGGAAAAAGAUUGUUUCGAGAUGCCCAAACAAUGCAAGCAGCCAGAGGAAAAUUAGUUACAGUGGUCAAAUACCUGAAAAAUUCUAGCUUGCUUUUGGAUAGUGAGGAAGAAGGAUGUGUUAAGAUGCAUGAUGUCAUCCGGGAUACAGCCCUGAAUAUUGCACAAUCUGAAGAUGGGCAUCGGUUUUUUGUGAAAGCUGGCUGUGGUUUAAAGGGUUGGCCGCGAGGCGGAUUACAUGAAGGCCGCACUGCAAUUUCACUGAUGUGGAACCAAAUUCGCAAGCUACCUGAAGAAGAGUUGGUAUGUCCAAAUCUCCAGAUUUUAUUACUAAACGGGAAUGCUAAACUAAGUGAGAUCCCUGAAAAGUUGAUCCAGAAUCUGAAAGAGUUAAGGGUCUUGGAUCUUAGCAACACUAGUAUUUCCAUAUUACCCCAAUCAUUUAGUCUCCUCACCAACCUCCAAGCUUUGUAUUUAGACGAAUGCGAUGAAUUGAUUGACAUUUCCAUGGUGGGGAAACUUAAGAAGCUUGAAAUUCUUAGUAUGAGAGGCUGUCCCGGGGGGAAACUGUCUAGAGAAAUAGGACAUUUGACCAAUCUAAGGAUUUUGGACGUCAAUCGCUAUUGGGCAAGGAGAGGAGGAUUGGUUACAAUUCCAUCUAAAGUGAUAUCAAAGUUGCAAAAAUUAGAAGAAUUUUACAUGGUGUACUGUGGAUUUGAGGAGGACGGGUUGUGUGUAGCUGAGGGACCAAGAGAAAGAACCAAUAUUAUUAGGUUUGAUGAGUUAGCUGGUUUAUCAAAUUUGAAAAUAUUGCAGGUUGGCUUAUCCGAUGAAAGUUUCAUCCCUAAAAAUGUUGAGGUCGCACCAGAUUGGGAUUACUUUUGUAUAACUAUCAAUGGCAGAUGCACCAGCACUCGAUCUGAUGAAUACAAACAAGGAGAUCGUAAUUCAAGAUCCUUGUUUCUUAAUGGAGUAACCAUCAGUACCUUGCCUGAUUGGUUUAUCAAAGCGGUGACAGAGAAAACAGAGAAGCUAGAGUAUGAACGUUGCAGAGGGAUGAGUGACAUUGUUAUGGAAUAUGACCAUGGGAGGUUACAUAAACUCAAGCAUCUCACAGUUGCUGGGCAUUGUUUUGAUUCUUAUGUGUACUUGAAAGAGUUGAUGAACAUAACAAGACGAGUUGAAACAGGACCAGUGUUUGAGAAUUUGGAAGAGCUGCAUCUGAUGGAUCUGAUCCACCUGAAGGAGUUGUGUGUUGGUGAGUUACCACCUGGGUCUCUCACAAAUCUCAAGAUGCGAAGGGUUUGA